ACAAAUUACACGUUGGCUCCAGCUUGCGUGUUGGCUGCUUUCUUAGACAGUGAAAGACGCCAGGCCCUGGUUGGCAGGGGCCAUCACAGCGUAUCCACCAGGUCACCGCCAUCAGCUCUGGGACCCACAACAUCUUCGAAGGAAGAACUGUAGAAGCAGCCAUGAGCGGAGGCUGCGAUGUCAGCGACAUGGAGGAAUUAGGGUUUGAGAGCAAUGCCACCGACGAUGCCGCUCAGAAUGGAGAGGAUGAAAACUUUUCCCAGGUUUCAACUCGUCCUUUCAGACCGGAAAAUGGGCAUAGCUUGUGCAAUGGCCCCCAUAGUGCACGGCCACGUUGUGAUGGCAUGGGGUGUAGCUCAGGUGACUGUGCAGGCUCAAACAAGCAGCAUGAGGACAGGGGAAUGGCACAGGCGCCUGGGGUCAACGGUUUAUGUGGUGGCACGCCAGCAUCUUGCUCCUCGGCAUGCGACCGGCACGGCGAAGAAGCAAGGGGGAUGUCAGCAAACGGGGCAUCUGUGAGGGUCACUGGAGACACGUCCGAUGGCGGUGGUGGUGGUAGUGGCGAGACCGCUGCCAGGGAGGGCGCCCCGGCAGCGCCACUGUGCGUCAAGUGCCGUGCAGCCCCUGCUGAGGUUAUUGCCAAUCAGCGCGAGCCGUACUGUGGGGCGUGCCUGCGGGCCAGCCUGCUGUACAAGGUCAAGACGGCGAUCAACAAGCACGCGCUCGUCCAGGCGCACGAUGCCGUCCUGCUUGCCUUCUCAGGGGGGCACUCGUCCACGGUGUUGCUGCACUUUCUUAGUGAGCUGCAGUCGCACGCCACUACCCCCCUGGCCGCUGCCGCCGACCGCGGCAAGACCGUCUUCCGUCUGGGGCUUGUCUUUGUCAGCGAGGCGGCCGUCCUGUCCCGCCCACACUACGAUGGGGAUGCAGACGUUGAGCGGAUACGCAAGCUGGCAGCCCCUUUUGAGAAGAGGGGCUGUCGCGUGCACGUUGUCAGGCUGGAGGAGCUGUUCUUGAAAGGGAGGAGCCAGGCACAUCAGGCUGCUCCAGAAGGCACGAUGCCACGGGGCAGCCAGGACAGUGCGACAAAGGGGGUGGUACGAAACGAUUCAGGGGAUCAGUUGGAGGAAGGGAGGCCGGGUUACAGCGUCCCCCAUACGGAUGGAUUGGCAGGGGCGUGGGAGCGGCUGCGGGCAAUGGUGGCGCGCGUAGCCGAUGCAACGGCGCAAGAGGACCUGGUGGAGAUGCUGCGCACAGAGGCGCUGCAGCAGGUGGCGGUGGAGCAUGGAUACACGAAGAUUGCCACAGGGGUGUGUGCGAGCCGGCUGGCGGCGGAAGUGCUGACUGGGACGGUCAAGGGGCGUGGCUUCUCCCUGCCCGCGGACCUGCAGGCCGUGGACCGCCGCCGCACGGUGCCCGUCAUCGCCCCCCUCCGCGACUGCGUCAUCAAGGAGCUGGCCACGCUGUGCACGCUCAACCGGUGGCCCACUACGUUUGUGCCCAGCCUGGACGCAGGGCCUACGGCGCGGCCGUCCCUCAACCGCCUCACCCAAGACUUCCUCACCCUCAUUGAGGACGACCUCCCCGGGCGCACCCUCACCAUUCUGCGCACCGCGGGCAAGCUGCAGCCCUUCCCGUUCAACGCCUUCCCUGCCCUGCCCCCCGGCCACCGUGCACGCCUGCAGCCCGCUCAAGGCACCGAGGCAGCGGCCGAGCCAGCGGAUGGGGUCAACCUGUGCGCCUUGUGCCGUGCACCCCUGACCAGUGCAGAAGUGCAGGACGGGGGGGCGGGAGAAAGAGGAGCCAGGGGGCCCGAGAGCGAGCCAGGCCAGCGGUUAGGGGCUGAUGCGGGAGAUGGUGGGAACGAGGGGCGCGACACUGCGGAACAAGCGCGGGCAGAGCAGGCCGAGGAGCGGAGGGGAGCGGCGGCGCCGGCAGGGGACCAGCUGCGGGAGAAUGGGGCGGAGGUAGGGAGCACGGGCGGAGAGAGCGACGGGCGAGGGGUAGAAGUUGCGUCCGUAGGACACGAGGCCUCCAACGGAGACUCCCGAGGCAGCAGUGGCGCGGGACGAGGGGUUGUGCCGCCAGGCCCGCAGUCGGAGGCGAGGCCGGGCGGCGUGGCGUGCUGUCGCAGCUGUCGGGAGCAGGUGCUCGGAGGAACGGGGGGAACGGCCAACCCGGCGUGGCUGCACGACUUGCCGUGGCUCGACCGAGCAGGGGGGAGAGCGGCGGAGGAGGCAAGGAGAGACCGCAUGAGGAACAAAAUUCAAGACUUCCUUUUGUAAGGGACGUCCAGGGUUAGCACGCAAUUGUACCUUCGCUAUUUUACCUGGACGGCAGCCCCAAGUUGGGCGCAAGGGGUUCCAAGUGGGUCGUUUCUGGCUACUUCACUUCAAUUGGGGACAUGGUCUUCAAAGUAGCUUCAGCCACAACAUAAUCCCUCCGCCAGGGCAAUGGGCAGCUCGCGUGUACAAUGGACGAUGUCAGUGGGGGUGUUGGUGCCUGGCAGUACAAGUAGACAUUCUGCUCGGUUGCAUUUUCAAGUCACAUAAUCCCUUUCAGAUGAUCCUUGAAGCAGAGAUGCAUCCACUCAUCGGCAC